GCACCCGCAAAAAUCCCCAAACCCCGCACACAGUUGCUGGAACCCUAGCUCCCACCCGCCGGCUGCCGCGCACAAAUGGACGACCACCGAACCCAGGAUCUCGUCAAUGAGCUCGUCCACCGCCUCCUCUCCGCCGCCGAAUCCGGCGGUGCAGGCGGCGGGGGGCGCGACGCGAGCGGCGCGCUGCGGUUCGCGCACCGUCUCCUCUCCAGCCGCCUCGCCCCCGCCGUCCUCCCCGACGAGCACGCUCUCGCGGAGUCCAUCAAGCGCCGCCUCGCCGCCUCCGGCCGCCCCGACGGCGCGCUCGCCUUCGCUGACCUCCACUCCAAGCUCUCCGCCCGGUCCCGCCCGGCGUCGCUCUGGCCGCUCCUUUACCUCCUCGACUCGCUUUCCUCCCACCGCCGCGCCGCCGCCGCGGCCUCAUGCCUCCCUAACCUCCCCACCGCCGCGCCACCGCGGGCCUCCUCGGCGGCGGCGGGUGCCGGAGGGAGGCCGGGCUCGCGGGUGCACGGGGCGCUGCCCGGCGGCGUGGUGCUGGUCUCCAAGGAUCCCGACAACAUUCGGGAGAUCGCGCUGCGGGAGUACACCGAGCUGGUGCUCGACGACACAGAGGUGUCGGAGGCCGCGCUCGUGCGCGACGUGCUGUACGCGUGCCAGGGCAUUGACGGUCGCUACGUGCGGUACGACAAGGCCGGCGACGCGUACGGCCUCCCUGACGGGGUCCGCGUGCCACGAUCCACGCGCACCCUCGUCCGCAAGCUGUGCGAACUCGGCUGGCUGUUCCGCAAGGUGCGGGCCUUCAUUUCCGACAAUAUAAGCCGCUCGCCCUCGGAUGCUGCCACUGAGGUUGGUACGGUCGCACAGGCCUGCUGCUCAGCGCUCCAGGAGGAACUCUCUGAUUACUAUAAGCUUCUUGCUGUUCUCGAGUCAUACUCAUUGAAUCCAAUCCCAACACCUGGAUCUGAUUCAGGCGUUUCAAGUAAUUACCUCUCGCUGCGGCGUCUUUCUGUGUGGCUUGCUGAGCCUGCUGUGAGGAUGCGCCUGAUGGCUGUUUUGGUGGAUGGAUGCCGGGGAUUGAGAGGAGGCGCUAUGGCUGGUUCGAUCCAUGGGUAUGCCCAGCAUGGGGAUCCGAUGUUUCAGGAGUUUAUGGGCCGAUUGCUGCGUCGGGUGUGCUCACCUCUAUUCGAAAUGGUCCGAAGCUGGGUGUUAGAAGGGGAAUUGGAGGAUGUAUUUGCAGAGUUCUUUAUUGUUGGGCAGCCAGUGAAGGCAGAAUCUUUGUGGCGGGAGGGCUACCUGAUUCAGUCUGACAUGCUUCCGGCUUUCAUUUCCCCAGUGCUUGCGCAAAGGAUUCUGAGAACAGGAAAGUCAAUCAACUUUCUUAGAGUUUGCUGUGAUGAUAAUGGCUGGGCUGAUGCUGCUGCUGAGGCUGCGGCACAUGUUGGCACUACAACUACUCGGGGUGGGCUUGGUUAUGGGAAGAUUGAUGCUUUGGAGGCAUUGGUGGUCGAGGCAGCCAAGAGGAUUGAUCGGCAUUUGAUGGAUGUGAUACAUAAGCGGUAUCGAUUUAAAGACCAUUGUCUUGCUAUCAAAAGGUACUUGCUGCUUGGCCAGGGUGAUUUUGUCCAGUAUCUGAUGGACAUCGUUGGCCCUGAGUUGUCUGAGCCAGCAAAUAGGAUUAGCUCCUUCCAUUUGGCUGGCUUGCUUGAAACUGCGAUUAGAGCAUCUAAUGCGCAGUAUGAUGACCAUGACAUCUUGGACAGGAUCAGGGUAAAGAUGAUGGAUCACGGAGAUGGCGAUCGUGGCUGGGAUGUCUUCUCUUUGGAGUAUGAUGCUAGGGUCCCCCUAGAUACUGUGUUCACGGCUUCAGUGAUGAAGAUGUACCUGAAGGUUUUCAAUUUCUUGUGGAAGCUCAAGCGUGUUGAUCACUCUCUGACUGGAGUGUGGAAGACAAUGAAGCCCAAUUGCAUUGUUUCUUCGCCAUUUUACAAGGAAGGAACAAACAUCCGAGCUCAGUUUGUUUCAGUCCUCCGUAAAUGCGAAGUUUUGUUCAAUGAAAUGAAUCACUUUGUGACCAAUUUCCAGUACUACAUUAUGUUUGAGGUCCUGGAGGUUUCAUGGGCCCGUUUCUCUGAUGAAAUGGAUGCGGCAAAGGAUUUAGAUGACCUUCUUAUGGCACACGACAAGUAUCUCUCCUCCAUUCUGGAGAAGUCCCUCCUUGGUGAACGGUCUCAAGGGAUUCUGAGAAAUCUCUUUGCAUUGUUUGACAUCAUCUUACAGUUCCGGAGCCAUGCUGAUAGGUGGUUUGAACGGAUAUUUGAGUUGCAGCUAAGGGGAAAGGGUAAAUCAAAAUCAAAAUCUAAGGAAACAGGUUCAUGGGUUGAUGGUGGCAGAAAAGCCAUGAUCCAACUAGCUGGGGAACUUUUCCGGAAAAUGUUUGAGGAUCUGGAAAGCAUCACAAAAGAUUAUACAGCUUCUCUUGAUGCAUUUAUUUCUCAGUUGCCCAUGCAGCAGCACGUUGAUUUGAAAUUCCUUCUCUUCCGUCUAGACUUCACUGAAUAUUACAGCCAUGCCUCCUCCAACAAAUGAAAAUGUGUUCCCAAUGAGCAAGGAUUAGGAGUUAGCUUUUACAUUUUGGUUGGGACUUGGGAGGUAUCCUUUUUUCACACCUUAUCCCCACUGAUUGAUAAUUGGUCACUCGAAUGGCAUGACCACUUGCGUUUGCGCUGGACCUCCUGAUGAAGGUGAAUUCAAGGGUCAAUCUGAAUAUCCACUUCUUAUUGAUGGUUGCCAAUACCAGAAUUUAUGUUGAAUCUGUCGCUGUUAUCCUGCUGAUGAUUAUCCGCAAGUGCCACGAAGUUGGAGCUGCAUUCCCUGAAACUCUAGUGUACAAAAGUGAUUUAAGUUUACUUGGGUUUGAAUUUCCUUUGGAUGCAUUGGUGUACAUUUCAUUUAUUUAUUUUUGUCUGUUUUUUUAGAAGUUAGACUGCUGGAGAUUUCUCCUUUCCAGUUUGUAUUAUUGACCUUACAAGAGUGAGAUCUCUUUUGGCUA